UUAACGACCACCAAGCUAUUCAGUCGUCACCCACUGACCCAACGCCAGAAUGCCUCACGCUAUGUCACUGUACCCUUGCAGCACCGUGUUCUCGGUGGCAAGCCAGCCGCAGAUGAGAGCGAGGACGAAAGCCGCGGCAAAGCAAAGGUCGAGCAGUGUCGGCUUCGGCCGCAGCAGGAAAGAGCCGUUGUGGCGGUGCGUGGAGGGCUGCGGGGCCUGCUGCAAGCUGGACAAAGGCCCCUCCUUUGUCACCCCUGAAGAAGUAUUCAGUGACCCUCUUGACAUUGAGCUCUAUAGAAGCUUAACAGGUCCUGAUGGGUGGUGCAUAAACUUCAAUAAAGGCACACGAACGUGCUCCAUUUACAACGAUCGUCCGUACUUUUGUCGUGUGGAGCCAGAUGUAUUCCAAUCGUUGUAUGGAGUUAACAAGAAGAAGUUUAACAAAGAGGCUUGCAGUUUUUGUAGAGACACCAUUAAAGAUAUUUAUGGUCCCCAUUCAAAGGAGUUGGAAAACUUCAAUCGUUCAACAAGCUCCUCCGGUUUUAGUUAGAAUAUAUUGCACUUCACUGCCUAGAAGGCUUAAGCAGGGGUUGAGCAUCCUGCUUCCUCCAAUGAGGAAAAGUCUUGCAAUCAAGAAAAGAAAUUUUGGAAGGCUUUUAAUGCUCCAAAGAGCAUAGAAGGCAAACUGCCUGGCAAACCGUUUGCUUCUUCCUCAAGUCCUUUACUGUCAGAUUCGCAUAAUAUCUGAAAGAAUUUUCAAAUAUCAGAAUUAUGUUAAAUUCUCAAAUAUAUUGUACAAAACUUCAGCACAGUAUUCCUGCUUGUUCUAAUGUUUUCCAGUUUUGUAUCUCACGGAUU